AUGGAGGAAGAUUUCCCGUUUAAAUACUCUGUUGUCGACGUCCUGCUGCAGAUCGUUGGUUUGAUUCUUUUCGUGUCGGACCUUGUGCUGGAUGUGUGGGCAAUAUGUUCGCUCUAUAUUGACGGUGCCUACAUUAGUAUGGGCCUGUUGAUAUUUCUAUUAUUGGGAUCUUCCGUUUUACUACAUGUAUUCAGUUGGAUUUGGUACUCGGAUGGCAAGGAAUACCAACAGACUAAAGUGGACAUUUUCGUCAAGAAACACUUCUUGCUCAAGCCAGUGCACGUACUGCAGCUGGGUGUCUUUCUCAGAUACACAAGCAUACUGGAGAUCUCAAUCUUCCAUCUCCGGAAAAGAACCCUAAUAUUCAAGGAAGCUGUUGUGCACUUGACUCACGACCUGCUGAUGCUGCGUCUGUUUGAAACGUUCUCCGAGAGCGCUCCUCAACUCACCUUCAUGAUCACCAUUAUCUUCAUGAGAGAAGAACUGGAUCCCUUCACAGUUGUGAAAGCCAUUGCCUCAGCUGUAGCUGUUGCCUUCAGUGUUCUCAUGUACCACCGUGCCAUGCGUGAAUCUCUUCCCGACAAAAACAAGAUGGGUUGGCGCUCCUCUGCGUUCUACUUCCUUUGGAAUCUGUUGCUGAUUGGCCCUCGUAUUACUGCUGUGGCUCUGUUUGCCUCUGUUCUGCCAGUCUUUGUUGUUGCCCACUUCUUGACACUUUGGAUGCCAUUUGUACUUUGGGCCUGGCGACAAAGGACCGACUUCAUGGACAGCCCAGGAGGAGAAUGGCUCUACCGGGCCACCGUAGGACUCAUCUGGUACUUUGACUGGUUUAAUGUGUCUAAAGGGAACACAAAACGCAGAAGCAUAAUUUAUCAUGGAAUCAUGCUGCUUGACAGUGGGCUGCUGAUUGGCUUGUGGUGGUGGAUCAGGGUGAGUGACACAUCCUGUCGUGGUCCAUUUCCCAUAAAUCCAUAUGUACUGGUCUCUGGAAAUAUUUUCUUAUACAUUGUUGGACUCGCGUUGAAAGCCGUUUACUAUAAGUGGUUUCACCCUAAGCUGUAUACACAUGUACAAGUUGAAGCUGAGCCUGCUUGCAUGCUAAUGUCCAUGGAUGAACCUGACUCUGUCAGAAUCACAGAGAGACCACAGCCUCAACCUGUUAGUGGGGCCAAAAAGAGAAUGAGAAAUUUGGCUACAACUUUUUAUUCUUAG